AUUUGGCGGUGAUAUAUAACGUCAGCUAGACAAAAUAGGUCAAUUUGUAAAAUGGUAUUGCACGUAAAUCGCUGCGACAUUUGGCUCACUCGCCCUCAAACGCCUGGAAAGCAUUUUCUUGCCGUGUAUCGGCCGGUGAAAUGCCGUGAGUGAGUAAGACGAGGACAGCGCGAUCGAUUGUUCGUCCUUGUCAAACUGACUCGACCCAACCUUCCUGCCCUUGCGCUCGCGCGUACGGUGUUGGUUCGCGAUCUCGCCGCUCGAGGCCUCCAAAGUCAACGCUGGAUUUGUCUCUGGGGCUCCUGCAGACCCUUAAUCGCUGCAUGUGGUUGGCUGCUCUGCGACCUAACCUGUCAGAAGUGAAGCGGAUUUGAGGUCGUGAGUAGUUCUUGAAUACUCGUAUAUUCGUUUUAAGUAUUCGUGUGAUUUUGUUGCGCUCGUUGCGCGUUGCUACUGGGGUACUGGAGACGUAGUGUGUAGAAGAAGAAGAAUUCGACGGUAUAUUCUUCUGGAAGAAAAGCGCAACGUCGACGUCGUGCGUCCGACGUUCGCUGAUCGCGGAACAAAGCUGGCUACUGCGUUUUCCCGAGUUAUCUAUCGGUCGUCACUGCCUGUUAUGCGGUGAACGUCGACAGAAAUUAUAGUAAUACAUAGUAACAGUGACGCUCACUCGACAAGCAUAUAGAAACAAAAUGUCUGGGCAUAGAGGCAGUGGAGGAGCUGGAAGUCAUCAUGGAGGCCCUCCAGGUCUAAAACAGAUUGACUUGGAUCAAAUUUGGGGAGAUUUACGUGAAGGCAUAGAACAAGUUUACAAUAGACAGUGUAUGUCAAAACCAAGAUAUAUAGAAUUAUAUACACAUGUAUAUGAUUAUUGUACAAGUGUUCAUCAACAAUUGACUAGAGCAUCAACCAAGAGUAAGAAAGGGCAAAUCUCACAAGGAGGUGCACAAUUAGUAGGAUUGGAACUAUACAAACGUCUACGUGACUUUCUUAGGAAUUAUCUUAUUAGUUUACUUAAACAUGGGAUUGACUUGAUGGAUGAAGAUGUACUACAAUUUUAUACAAGACAAUGGGAAGAAUAUCAGUUUAGUAGUAAAGUAUUAAAUGGUGUAUGUGCAUAUCUCAAUCGUCAUUGGGUACGCAGAGAAUGUGAGGAAGGGCGGAAAGGAAUUUAUGAAAUUUAUCAAUUAGCCUUGGUUACCUGGAGAGAUAAUUUAUUUAAGCAUUUAAACAAACAGGUUACUAGUGCAGUGCUUAAAUUAAUUGUUCGAGAACGUAAUGGAGAAACAAUUAAUACCCGAUUAGUCAGUGGUGUUAUAAAUUGUUAUGUAGAAUUGGGCUUAAAUGAAGAAGAUCCAGGUGCAAAAGGACAAAACCUAACAGUAUAUAAAGAUUCCUUUGAAAAUCAAUUCCUUGAAGAUACAGAACGUUUCUACUCUAAUGAAAGUUUAAAUUUUCUCAGACAAAAUCCUGUAACAGAAUAUAUGAAAAAGGCGGAACAGAGGUUAUUAGAAGAACAAAAACGAGUUCGCGUUUAUCUACAUCAAACAACUCAUGAACGAUUAGCGAAAACAUGUGAAAGAGUGCUCAUUGAAAAACAUCUAGAUAUAUUUCAUUCUGAGUUCCAGAAUCUUUUGAAUGCUGAUAAAAAUACAGAUUUAGGCAGAAUGUACCAAUUAGUAGCAAGGAUACCGAAUGGCCUUGGAGAAUUAAGAAAUCUUUUAGAAACUCAUAUAGCUAAUCAAGGACUUGCAGCUAUAGAUAAAUGUGGCGACUCUGCGGCUAAUGACCCGAAAGUUUAUGUGAAUACAAUUUUGGAAGUACACAAAAAAUAUAAUGCUUUAGUGCUUGUCGCAUUUAAUAACGAUAGUGGUUUUGUGGCAGCUCUGGAUAAGGCUUGCGGUCGAUUCAUUAAUGCGAAUUCUGUUACAAGAGCAGCAAACAGUAGCAGUAAGUCGCCCGAAUUAUUAGCAAAAUAUUGUGACUUGUUGCUUAAGAAGAGCAGUAAAAAUCCAGAAGAAGCAGAGCUUGAAGAUACUCUCAAUCAAGUCAUGGUAGUAUUUAAAUACAUCGAAGACAAAGAUGUAUUUCAAAAAUUUUAUAGCAAAAUGUUAGCAAAACGAUUGGUGCAACAUAUGUCUGCCAGUGAUGACGCAGAGGCUUCAAUGAUCUCUAAGUUAAAACAAGCUUGUGGAUUUGAAUAUACUUCGAAGUUACAACGCAUGUUUCAGGAUAUUGGUGUAUCAAAAGAUCUAAAUGAACAGUUCAGGAGACACUUAGUAAGAUCUGCUGAACCAUUAGAUGUGGAUUUCAGUAUACAAGUUUUAUCUUCUGGUUCAUGGCCAUUUCAACAAUCCUUCACAUUUUCUUUACCAACAGAGCUAGAACGAUCUGUACAUAGGUUUACUACUUUCUAUAGCUCACAACAUAGUGGUAGAAAGUUAAAUUGGUUAUACAAUAUGUCUAAAGGGGAACUGCAUACUAACUGUUUUAAGAACAGGUAUACAUUGCAAGCCUCGACUUUCCAAAUGGCAGUUUUAUUACAAUAUAAUGGAUCUACAUCAUGGACAAUACAGCAACUGCAUUAUGCAACGCAAAUAAAAAUGGAUUUUUUAUUACAGGUUAUUCAAAUACUUCUAAAAGCCAAACUUUUAACUGCAGCUAGCGAUGAUGUAGCUGAACUGACCCCACUAUCAACGGUAGAACUUUUCACGGGGUACAAGAACAAGAAAUUAAGAGUGAAUAUUAAUAUACCGAUGAAAACGGAAUUAAAGGUUGAACAAGAAACUACACACAAACAUAUAGAAGAAGACAGAAAACUUUUAAUUCAGGCAGCAAUUGUUAGAAUUAUGAAAAUGCGAAAAGUAUUGAAACAUCAACAAUUGGUAGCAGAAGUCUUGAAUCAGUUAAGUUCCAGAUUCAAGCCAAGAGUACAUGUUAUUAAGAAAUGUAUAGAUAUUUUAAUUGAAAAAGAAUAUUUGGAGCGCACAGAGGGUCAGAAGGAUACUUAUAGCUACCUGGCAUGAUCAGUCGAUCUGGGACAACGAUACAGCAGCAAUCAUAUAUGCAUAAUAAAAAAAAUCUUAUAUUAUCAUUGCCACAUACGUAUCAUAUUUAUUUAAGUGUCAAAAUUAACUUUUGCACUUUUUUUCUGUACAUGGAUGCCUUUGUACAUUGUUGUCCUUCUGGUCGCAUUUAGAAUGUCUGAUUACACACGCAUACACACACAUAUACGUAUAUAUACACACAUAUGCAUACGUGUGUGUGUGUGU